UGAAAUCGAAUCAACAUGAUUUCUAAAUUACAAAAUACCAUUAACUUAAAAUAAAAAUCACACAAUGGAUAUUAAAAAUGUAUUAAGUAAAACAGAUUUUAUAAAAAUAUGUCGAAUUUGUUUAAAACAAUCCGAUAAUUUAAUAUCAAUAACAUUAUAUCAAAUUAUUGAAAUGAUAAGCACAUGUACUUCAGUAAAAAUAUGGAUUCAUGACGAAUUACCGAAUCAAAUAUGUGCGACUUGUUUAGAUGACCUUCAGAACGCGUUUAAAUUCAAACAAACCGCGGAAUCAUCAGACAUUGAAUUACGUGAAAUACUUCAGAAUAAUAUCGAAAUCAAUGAUUUCGAUGGGGAUGAUAAAUUAUCGAUAAAAAGUGAAAUUGAAGAAGUUCCAACGAUUGAAGAAAAAUUAAAAUAUUCUUGUGAUGAAUGUAAUUUUACCUGUAAUCAUCUUCAACAUUUAGGUUUACAUAAAAAACGUUAUCAUUCCGCUAAAGGUGAACGAUGUAAAUUAUGUAAUUUAGUAUUUUAUCAUAAAUUACAGUUCGAGACACAUUUAAAGUCACAUAACAAAUGUAAGCAUUGUAAUAAAGUAUUUAGAACGUCUAGUAAAUUGUUACGUCAUAGUUUAGUACAUGCUACAAAUCGUACAAAUUCUUCAACGGAUGAACGUAUCCCUUGCUCCGUAUGCGGUAAACAUGUCGUAAAACGUCAUAUUAAACGGCAUUUAAACGUACAUAAAAAUAAUCGCGAUUUAAUAAAAUGCCCACGCUGUGAUAGAAAAUUCUUACAUCAGAGUUCAAUUAAAACUCAUAUACGUCGAGAUCAUGAAAGAAUCGCACAUGAAUUGAAAUAUUUAUGUAACACGUGCGGUAAAAAGUUUAGCUCACGUAUCGGACUCGAACGUCAUAGUGUAGUUCAUAAACCAGAUCGGCCGUAUGAAUGUACCGAAUGUGGGCAAGCGUUCAAAUUAAAUUUUUCACUAACCAAACACAUUAAAACGAAACAUAGCAAUAUCAACGUGUACCAUGUUCGAAUCCCAUGUAAAAUUUGUUCGAAACAAAUAUCAAAAACAAAUAUGCAAACGCACAUGAGAAUUCAUAAAAAUAAUCGAAAUCUAAUAAAAUGUUCACAAUGUUCGAAAACAUUUCUACAUGAAAUCUCACUGAAACAACACGUUGAACGUAAACAUGAGAAUAUUGCGCGUAGUUUAAAACAUUUAUGUAAUGUUUGCGGUAAAGGAGCUGGCUCCCUGGCGGAAUUAGAUUUACAUAUGCGUACGCAUAGCGAUGAGAAAACAUUCGAAUGUGAUAAAUGUGGCAUGAAGUAUAAAUCACGAGCGGGUUUAACGCAUCACGUUAAAACGAUGCAUUUAAAUAUAAAACCGUAUACGUGUACGGUGUGCUCACAACGUUUUGCGUUACGUGCAACUUUAACGACACACAUGCGUACACAUACAGGUGAGAAACCGUUUAGUUGUGUUAUAUGUGAAAAACCGUUUAGUCAGAAAUCAUCGUUACGGACUCAUAUGAAACUUGUACACUCAAAUGUGGUUUUGUAUACGGAUGUUAAAAAUACUAAUAUCGACGAUUUAAAAAGUCUUUAAAUCUUAAAUGAAAUUCCAUUGUUUAUCGCUUCAGGAAAAACCGAUAAAUUAAACAAUUACCUAAGUCACAAAGCGUGAGGUUCGUUAUUUAAUUUACCCAUUCUGAAUGAGUCGUUAUAUGACUGGUGGAAGAUUAAGUCUGAGAAACUCUGAAAAAGUUUUAGGAACUCUGAAUAACUCUGAAUUUCUCAACAUUUUUGGACCGUCUAAUGUUUUGAGAUAGCAAAAGCUAUUAAAAGUAUCAUGUAUGAGAGACUUGUAUCAUGUAAAAUUGUAAUAAACUAGUUAUUUGAACAAAAAAUAUUAAAAAUUUGCUUACAUAACUAUUAUAGUGAACUUAUAAAUAUUCCCGAGAGGUGGCACUAAAAUCGGUU